AUGGCUACCAGGCUCCUGCUGGCGUCAGUGCUGGUGAGCAGCGCAGCCACCCAGUUCCCCAGGGUGUGCACUCAGCCCAGUGCGUUGAGCAGCCAGACGUGCUGCCCAGUCUGGGAGCAGGACGGCACUGCGUGCGGGGAGAAGAGUGGCCGGGGCCGGUGCCAGGCGCAAGCGGACCUUCACACGCCUGAACCCUCCCGGAAGGACUUCAGAAUGGCCUGGCCUUCCAGCUUCUACAGGCGGGUGUGCGUGUGCAACAGCCCCUUCGCUGGCUUCGACUGCAGCGAGUGCAGGGACGGGUACUGGGGCGCGCAGUGCCAGAGGCGGGCACUGACGGUUCGCCGGGCCCUACACGAGAUGAGCUGGGCAGAGAGGCAGCGUUUUGUAAACCAACUGGUACUGGCCAAGACAACAGUCAGCCAGCGGUACGUCAUCCUGGUGAGUGGGAACACCUCGGACCCGAGCAGCUUCACGUUCCAGAACGCCAGCGUGUAUGAUAUCUGCACCUGGGUGCACUACGUGGCAGCCAAGCCCAUCCAGACACGCGACAAACCUAACUUUGCCCACAUGGGCCCAGCCUUUACCGUCUGGCACCGCAAGUACCUGCUGUUCUUUGAGAAGGAGAUGCGCCACCUCACCAGGGACGAGGGAUUCUACGUCCCCUACUGGAACUGGACCCUGGCACCCACCUGCGACAUCUGCACCGACUGGCUGAUGGGGCGGAACGGACCCUCUGGCACACUGCUGCCACCCUCGCCCUUUGCCAACUGGGAGACACUCGCUAUCACCCAGAACGGGAGUGAGACCCUGUGUACAUACGACGGGGGCGACGAGGAUAACUUCCACCUGAUUUGCCCCGGGCCCACCGAGGGGAAGUCCUUCCUGAACCGGAACCCAGGAAACGACAGGAGAGCAGAUCGGCUGCCACCUGCCGCUGACAUUUGGAACAGCCUAAAGAUCGAACAGUUCGAUGCCUUUCCUUUCAACCAGUACGCCCCAUUCAGUUUCCGCAACACAAUCGAAGGCUUUAAAGAGGCCAGUCACCCGGGCCACCAAACAAUCGGACUCCAUAACCAGGUCCAUGCCUACCUCAACGGGACCAUCUCGCAGGUCCCAGCUGCAUCGAAUGAUCCCAUCUUCAUGCUGCAUCAUGCCUUCAUCGACAAGAUUGUGGAAGAUUACCUGCGAGCUGACAGGAGGCGUCUGACAAUGUAUCCAACACACCAGAGAGUUCCCCUGGGCCAUCGUGCCGAUGACUACAUGGUUCCAUACCUGCCACUGGUACGCAACAUCGAAUACUUUACCUACACCAUCAACCUUGGCUACACAUAUACAAAUGCUGCAUAUACUCAAGAGGACAAAUACUCCACAUCCUCUCUUUUCAAAUAA